CAUAUUUUUAGAGGGAGAGAACGGAGAAAGCCUUCCCCUUACUUCUCUCCCUUGUCACACACUCCUCUCUCUGGGUCCGAAGAGAGAGAGAGAGAGGGGGUGAAGAAAAAGUUUCUUGCUUUCUAGGAAGACAAACCAAACAGUGGUGAAAAUGUUGAAGGUCUCGUGCAAUGCGACGGACCAAAUCCACCACGCCCUAGCCCAAUGCCGUUUCUUCGGCCCGCCUAAGUUGUCCAAAACCCGGCCCGUUUUCACUCGACGGAAAGACGGAGCUCUUCUUUCAUGCUCGCCGACCGCCAAAGGUCCGGUUUUGGCGGUUGUUUCCGACCGGAGUGGUAGUGUUGGAGCUGAAGGCGGGAUGACGACCCGGGUCGAAACCGGCUUGGGAAGCUUGGCAGAUCGGUUGAGGUUGGGAAGCUUGACUGAGGAUGGGUUAUCGUAUAAGGAGAAGUUCAUUGUGAGGUGCUAUGAGGUCGGGAUUAACAAGACUGCCACUGUGGAAACAAUCGCUAAUUUAUUGCAGGAGGUUGGGUGCAACCAUGCUCAGGGUGUCGGAUUUUCAACUGAUGGUUUUGCUACAACCCAUACCAUGAGGAAGUUAAAUCUCAUAUGGGUUACUGCUCGCAUGCACAUUGAAAUCUAUAAAUACCCAGCUUGGAGUGAUGUAGUUGAAAUAGAAACAUGGUGUCAAGGGGAAGGAAGAAUUGGGACUAGACGUGAUUGGAUACUCAAGGACCAUGCCACUGGCCAGGUCAUUGGAAGAGCAACAAGUAAGUGGGUGAUGAUGAACCAAGAAACCAGACGACUUCAGAAAGUUAAUGAUGAUGUUCGAGAAGAAUACUUGGUCUUUUGUCCACGAGAACCCAGGUUAGCAUUUCCAGAGGAGAACAGUAGUAGCGUAAGGAAGAUAUCAAAACUGGAAGAUCCUGCUCAGUUUUCCAGACUGGGGCUUGUGCCUCGGAGAGCUGAUCUGGACAUGAACCAGCAUGUUAAUAAUGUGACCUACAUUGGAUGGGUCCUAGAGAGCAUGCCUCAAGAAAUCAUUGAUAGCCAUGAACUGCAGACCAUCACCUUAGAUUAUAGACGGGAGUGUCAACAUGAUGACGUUGUUGAUUCUCUUACAAGUGUUGAACCCCUUGAGGGUGGUGAAGAAAUCCCAGAGCUUCGAGGAACAAAUGGAUCUGCUAUAACUGCAGAACACGAACAAGACUGCCGGCAAUUUUUGCAUGUACUGAGAUUGUCUGGAGAUGGGCCUGAGAUAAACCGGGGACGAACAGAGUGGAGAAAAAAACCUACAAGAUGAAGACUAAGUUAAAAUGUCUCCUCUACUUCUCCUUGGUUUCUUCAGCAUUCGUUUAGCGUGAUAUUGGUUUUCUUUAUAUCUUGUGUCCUUUCAGAACUCCCCGGAAUUUUUGUUCCAGCUUGUUCUAUCUGUUAGAAGCUAGAGUAUAGGAUUCUCUUCUGUUUAUGAAUCAGAUCUGAAGUCGUCGUUUUGAUUUAGCAAGAGAAAUGUGUACUUUCCUAUGGAACCAUUUUUUUUGUUCAUUGAUAUUGUCAAGUGUGAUUCGUGAUAUUCCAAGUUCUCCAAUGCAUUUAGCCUGUAUAAGUUUUAAAAAAAAUAAAUAAAUCUUAUUAGUUGGUAUA